AUGAGUACAGCCGUGGAUAAUGGGGCGCAAGGAAGCGCCGCACAGAAUGAGAUCCAGUCUGGGUCGGGAGUUAGUGUAGGAGCUGGAGGAGCUGGUGGAGCUGAUGGAACUGGUGGAACUGGUGGUAAAGGAUCAAUUGGGGAAACAAAAGGGGGUGGAGUUCAGAAUGAGCAGAUUGGUCUUGCCAAUGGCAGCGGUGCAGGUGCUGGAAUAAUUAAAUCGACUUCCGGGUCACCUGCUCUGUCAGGACCUUUGGCUCCUAGAACCACGUUUGAUUUAGAACCUAAUCCGUUUGAACAGUCGUUUGCCAGUAAUGCCACGAGCACAGGAUCGAAAUCUGUUAGUCCUGCAAACAUUUCGGGUACUGCAGGUGUGGUAGUUGGUGCUGGUGGUGCUGGUGGUGCCGGUAUCGGAAUUGGAGCCGGAAUUGGCGGUAUUAGCGGUAUUAGCGGGGCUGCUGGAGGUGCUAAUGGAGGUGCUAACGGCGGAUUGGGACCUCUUGCUCCUUCUAUUAUUGGAACUACAGGUACUGGUCAACAAAUUGUUGCUACUCCUGGCGGAAGAAGACAUAUUUUACCACCCGUAACAGCUCUGGCAUCUCCGUCUGCACUGCUGUCGAACCCUGGAUCUCCAGGUAGCAGUGCAUGGGCCAACAGUUUAAAAUCCGGGCCAUUAUCACCUGCAAUGCUACAAGCCCCUCAAUCUACAGAAGGAACUACUCCUGGUGGAUCAGUUUCUGUGACUGGAGGUUUGCGAUUAGGAGCUGUUCCUACACUGACGUCUAUGAUUCGUACGGGUCUGACGCCUGGUGGUAGUGGAUCUAUGUUUCCCACUACUCCAGGACCAACUACUGCGGCUAUUCUUGGUCUUACUGGACCACAACCGGAUGGCGGAUUACUAGCAGGACACCUGUUGCCAAAUGGAGCACCAGUCAGUCAAGGUCAAAGUCCUGCUCAAACACAACAACAGCAACAACAGCAACAACAACAACAACAAGGACAUCAAGCUCAUCUUCACGGUCAAAAUGUUGCCAAUCAAAACCACGGCCAGACAUAUCCUCAACGAGGCAUUCCAGCAAACGUUGCUGGAGCCGCAACUGGACCGACUGGACUUCAUCAGGACCAGGCAAAUGCAGCAGCCAACGGACUGUUUAUGCUCAGUCAAACUAAUGGCGGUCCAGGAGGGCCACCAGGAGGUCAUGGCAAUGCCAACAGUCGUGGAAAAGGCGGUGCUGAUAGUAGUAAUGCCCGUGACGGCAGUUCUGGGGGUAAAAGUGGCAGCGCUGGCGCCGCCAAAACCAGCAACAACAACGAGAAAAAAGGCGUUAAACGGAGUCGUAAACCUGAUCCAAAAGAUAACGCCAAAGAAAGAGAUACCAAAGCUGCUAAAACCAAAUCCAAAAACACGUCUACCACUGCUCGUGAUACUGGUAUAAAAAACGAACAGUCAGAUGACAACCUCGAUUCCGAUCAAGAUGACGAUAACGACGAUGAUCAAAACGAUACCAGUAACAACUCUAACGGCAGCAGCAACAACAAAAAGUCGAAGCAAAGUGUAGACGAGAAACGAAAGAGUUUCUUAGAACGAAACCGAGUCGCAGCCCUGAAAUGUCGACAACGAAAGAAGCAAUGGCUGUCGGAUCUCCAGAAUAAAGUUGAGUAUCUAGGAACCGAAAACGAAAAACUAGCGAGUCAACUAGCGAUGAUGGCCGACCAAGUCAAUGGCCUGAAAACGGUGCUUCUCGCUCACCGCGACUGUGGAGUCCCUCUACCACCCAACCUGCUGAACAUGCUCAUGAACGAGCGAGUCAUGGACCCCAACAUGGGCGAUUUCCGCACCACCGCAGCAGCAUCAGCCGCCAACGGAGCCCAAGGAACCACCCAACCACCACCCAACCUCGGACUCCUCCCCACCGGACUCAACACCGGCAUCCAAAACGUGCCCGGCGACGUAGCGCUCGCGCAAGCCCAUGCUCAAGCCCAAGCCCAGGCCCAUGCCCAACAACAGGGGCUUCCACAGGUGAACUAUCGGACCGUGUGGCCACUGUAG